CACAUAUUCGGUCGGGAAGAUCAACAAAUUGAGACAAGUGUUCAUUUUUUGACGUUAAUUCAAGCCUGUCGCAAAAAGAAGACAUUCAAAAUGAUGGAAUUAAAUCUUACGCGAGUAGACUAUCAGCAGGUGGGAAUCACUUCUCCCAAGACAAUGAGGCUGCUCCCAAUGUCAGGAAAAACACAGAAGAUUGCUGUGGCAGACCAACAAGGUGUCCUUCAGUGUUUCGGCAUGAAGAAGGGAGAAAUUCAGCUAGUAUUUGCAACUCCUCCUGGUCCGAAGAUCAUCCGCCUCGAAGUUGCAGGACCAGUGGGUGGUUUGAAGGAGAGGAUAUUUGUGGCAUCAGGACCUGAGGUCAGAGGUUUUACAAAGAAGGGGAAGAAUUUCCUGGCCUUUGACACGAACAUGUCGGAACCAAUACAGUCCAUGUAUGUUGAAGGUUCUGAUCUGUUCACGUGCGGGAACUUCAUCUACAACCACUACCGUGACUGCAAGGACAUCAACCACUACCUGUGUGGAGAUAAGAUCAACGACGUCAUCACACUUCCCAUGGACAAGAUACCUGAUGUGAUUCCAAUCCUCGCCUGCCAGGACCGUGUGCUUCGAUCACUUCAGCAUUCAGAGUUGCUGUACGAGGUGGAGGUGCCGGGUCCGCCGGUCGUGCUGGAGCUGUACGGGAACGAUGCAGGUGAUGAUGGCAACGAGAUUCUGUUUGGUACGUCAGAUGGUAGAGUGGGGCUCGUACAGUUCGGCACACUGGCCCCUACUCACAGAUGGGAGCUGCCCAAUGAGAAGAAGAAUGGAGGUGUGUUGAGUCUGGCCAACUACGACAUCACCGCCGAUGGUGUGCUGGACCUCCUGGUGGGGAGGGACGAUGGUCUGGUGGAGGUGUACAGCUUUGACGAGGCUGAGGAACCUAUCUGGAGAUACAGCCAUACGUGCAGUGAGAGCGUCACGUCGGUACAAGGCGGUGUGGUCACAACUCCAGGUUAUGAUGAGAUCGUCUGCUCCACUUAUGCUGGCUGGCUGUUUUCCCUCACAUCGGCACCAUUUCACAAAGAAACGGGAAAAGAUACGAUGACAUUUACUUCAGAAGGAAAGGAAAAAAUUGUGUCUCUGAGGAAUGAGGUAGACAACCUGCAGCAGAAGGUUCUGGAUGAGAGAGAGAAGUACCAGCAGACGGCCUUCUCCAAGGAUGCUGUGUCUGCUGUACCCAUCUUCAGCAUCAAUGACAAGUUUGUCCUCAACUGCGAGGAUGCCAGCUACUCCCUCAGCCUAGAGCUACAGAUGCCCAUAGACAAUGUGCUGCUGCAGAGUGAUGUACCGAUUGACCUCUUGGACGUUGAGAAGAACUCUGCAGUGGUCAGCUACAGUGCCUGUAACCCAGAGGAAGGUAACUUUCUGUUGGCAACAUACAGAUGUCAGGCCAACACGACCCGUCUGGAGUUGAAGGUCAGGUCAAUCGAGGGUCAGCAUGGAACCCUGCAGGCGUACAUCACACCUCGCAUCCAACCCAAGACAUGUCAGGUGAAGCAGUAUCCCAUCAAACCCCUCUCCCUACAUCAGCGGACACACGUGUUUGACAGUAGUCGGCCACACAACAGUCUGACAUUGACAGGCCAGUUCAGUCUAGCAGAGAUACACUCUUGGGUGUGCUUCUGUCUGCCUGAACUGCCUGAUCGUACACCUGCCGGCGACAACGUAACCUUCCACUUCAUCUCUACCUUCCUCAGCACACAGCUGGAGUGUUCAUACAGGAAGGGAGAGGCUGUGUUCAGAUCUGACAACAUCUCCACCAUCUCCAUCCUGAAGGAUGUGCUGUCUAAAGAAGCUACCAAGAAGAAGAUCAGACUAGACAUUACAUACGAUGUGAACGAUGAGUCGAUUCCCCACACUCUGUCCCUCAUACACCCCAGGCUGGAACAUCAACUCCUGCUUGCAAAGAAGGUUCAACUUGUUGAUGCACUCAAGGAGCUGGCUGUCCACGAGAGCGACACAAGUUUCCUGUCGGCAGAGUAUCAGCAGAUACUGAAGGAGGCUGACCAGUUGCAGAUAGAGUACAAGAAACAGCCGUGUCACCUGGAGAGGCUGUAUGGCAUGAUCACAGACUUGUACAUCGACAAGUUCAAGUUCAAAGGUCAGAAUGUUAAGGGCAAGGUCCCAGCCCUUCUGGAAGUGCUUGACACAUACGACCUUCAAGGUCUCGUGCAGUUUUUGAAAACUCUGCAUGAUUCCUAACGGGUCCUGUAAGAAAACAUCAUUGACAUUUCAACUGAAGACAAACGUCCAGGGUCCAGAAGUGCUGGAGGAGACAAGACAGAUCUGACAUCUCAGUAACAUGUGCCUCUCAACACUCAGCCUGAAUUCUCAAUGUCCAUUUUCACUCACUUUGUAUCAUUCAUUUCUUGUAUUGUACUGUUAUCUGCAGCUGAAUUUGGAUGGGUUGUUAGAUGUGCAUUCUAUGCUUGUGUCAUGACGAAAUAUUUGUUUCAGAAUAAUGUGAUAGGUAGCUCUUGUGUGUGUUGAGUUCUGUUAGAGCUACAACACAAUAUGAUAGAUCUCUCAGGAGUGAGUGAGUGAGUGAGUGAGUGAGUUAGGAUUUAGAGUCACAUCGGCAAUAUUUCAGCCAUUAUGUGACUAAGAUCUCUCAGGAGGUUGUGACACCAUACACAACCUACAUGUGAACUACACGUAAGGAGCACUGAAUCUU